AGCAUCCGUCGGCAGAUCAAAGUCAGAUGAUGCAGAUAAUGACAUGGAACGGCGGAGACCCGUGAAAGGGAUAAACCAUAACACGGAAGUAAAUCCUCGUGAGCCUCAUCUAUGUACAUCGAUCCUUACCAAUAGUUUAUCUCCUGCUACCAGUCCUCAGGGUGUUUAUCAAGAUAACGACCAUGUCUCUCCCCUCUCCAGCAGCAGAUCAAGCUUAUAUGAAUGUCUCCGCCCUCGAGGCGGGAAGUUUACGUGUGCCCCUACAGAUUGUCGUCGCUGGAUCAUCCCCAACAGAUGCCGUUCGAAAUCCCUCACUUGCAUUCUUGCUUCGCCACUCAAAAAGUGGUCAUCAAGUUGUUUUUGAUCUGGGGAUACGCCGAGAUAUAUUUUCUCUGCCUCCCGCAGUACAGCGGCGCAUCCAACAUUUUGACUUCCAGCCGGAAGUUCCACAAGACGUGGCAGAAUCAUUGAAAGCAGGUGGAACGCAACCAGAGCAGAUUGACACCGUCGUUGUCAGUCAUCUUCACUGGGACCAUAUCGGUGAUCCAGAGCCAUUUAAGAAUGCUACUUUCGUCGUCGGUGAACAAUGCAAGGAAAUACUUGCAACAGGUUAUCCCGUGACAGAAGACGCCGGAUUUUCGUCAACUGCCAUCCCCAUCGAAAGAACCAGAUUUCUUUCUGAGUUAGACAUGAAUUCAUUCAUUGGACCAUACUCAAAUGCCAUCGACUACUUCGGAGAUGGAAGCAUGUAUAUAGUAGAUGCUCCAGGACACAUUGGGGGGCAUGUGAACAUACUGGCGCGUACAUCUGCUGAAGGGUCAUGGAUACUCCUCGGGGGUGAUUCUGCAGGAGACUUCAGAUUGAUCACAGGAGAAAAAGAGAUCGGACACUACACCGACGUCAAUGGGUGCUUUAGAUGCAUCCACGCGAACAAGGAACUCGCACUGGAGAAUAUUGAGAGGAUCAAGGGAUUGCUCAGCAAUUCGAAGGUUCAGGUGCUGAUUGCCCAUGAUGUUGUUUGGUACGAAGAUAACAGGGGCGGACCAGCUUUCUACCCUGGUAUUAUUCCAGCAAAAGCAUGAUCGUUGCAGAGAUGACAUACCACAGCCGAUUUUGUCAAUCGCUACUUAAUUAGAUGGAAACAUCAUUCUACUGAAAGAAAUUGCACUACCUCCGUG